CAACAAAAGUGAGCAGACAACAUCUCUACCUUCCAAAAAGAAGCGACCGAGAGCCGAGUCCUAAAACCAGCUCCUAACUUCGUGCUUAUCUUUGAGGGAAAUUCGAUAUACGACCUUCAGUUUUUAAGCUCAAGUUCGUAUCUCCCAAACCAUCAUCGAACAAAACACUCAGCUAAGAAGCUCAGUUAUGCCUCGUCAAAGCAAGAAAACCAGUACUGCAGCAGCAAAAACAUCAACGCAGAAAGGUACGUCAACUAAAAAGAAGACAAAGAAAUCAUCUGCUGAUGUCGGUGAACUAUUACAGAAUCUGAGCUCAAGGCGUAACCCCUCAUCAGGUGAUGCCUCUCGUCAUAGCUCAUCAGAUGAACAGACUGGGAAGCGGCAGGGAGGAAAAGGAAGUGCUUCCAGAGACAGAGCAAGUGAUCCGACUAGAGGGAGACCACAAACCGCUGUCCGAGGCAGGGGUAGGGGUAGGAGAGGUGGCUCAGCUGAGGAUAAAUUGAGCACCGGCGCCCAGUUAGACAAGGGGAAGAGUGGACAAGCUGAGAAGGGUAAAGGAACCAAAAGAAGAAGCAAGGAAACUACCUCCAGACAAACUUCACCAAGCAAACGUACACAUUCCUCGGGUCCUAGAGAACAUUUUGAUGAUGAUGACUUCCAGGAGCGUCAAUUAUCAGCCCAGAGUGUCUCCAGGUGGCAAACAAUGACCAAGACGAGUCAAGAGUUCUUAAACCAGAUUGCUGAAAGUGCCAUCUUGAUUGUUCUUAACGAGACGAGUAGCUCAAGUCACAAUGAAGUUCAAAACCAUCUUAACAACUUGAAAAAAAGAUUAAUGACAAGCUGUGCGUCCUUAAAAGUGCCCACCAAGAGACAACCAAACUACAAGGAUAUGGAAGAACAUACAAGUACAUUAGAAGCAGCUCUAGUGGAUACUAGUAACCGAGUUGAGUGUCUGGACAAAGAAGUGCAAUUACAAGAAGAAUCAAUGGAACUGCAGGAAGAAGAGGUAGAGAAGUUGGAAGCUGCCCAGGCAAGCAGUGAUAAUAACCGAAAAGAAUUUACUAAAAAGCUCCAUCCACUACUGCAGGGUGGGAAGGGCAUCCUAUGCAUUUCGCAUAAUUUUUUUGUUUUGAAUUUUGAGAAUAUCGGGAGCUCCUGUCAGCAGCAAGUUCUUGAUUCCUUAAGGCAUUGGAAUCAGAGUCAGAGUGAAGGGGAAGCCAUCAUUACAGACUUCAUAGAUUCUAUGUCUGCCAUACAUGCAGCUCUACCACCGUAA